GUGGGCAAGAAAAGCUGGCUUCUCAACCAUUACAACUGAAGCUGCAUUGUCACCUACAUCAUCCAUUGGUGUAAAAGACCUUCUCUCGACUCAAGAUGACUCUUCCACAGCUACCCGCGACCAACCGUGCAGUGGUCACACAGGCAACAACGCCAGCGAGCGUGAAAGUGGUAGACUGGCCCUUGCGCCUCUCCGACACGGGUGCGAACCAAUUGCCGCCCCGCGAAGUGCUCAUCAAGGUCCAUGCAGCGGCCAUCAACCCUACGGAUUGGAAGCACGCUCUCGGCGGCUGGUCAGACCCUGGUCUGGUGGGAGGUUGCGAUGCGGCAGGUGAAGUCAUCGCCGUGGGUAAUGAGGUCUCUUCGCUGAAGGUGGGCGAUCGUAUUGCCGGGUUCCUGUACGGUACCAACUCAGCAAACAAUGGCGCAUUUGCAGAGUACGCAAGAUACAAAGAGUGGGCUACGCUCAAGCUGCCCGAGGGUCAGAGCUACGCAGCAGGUGCGGCACUGGGCAUUCCCCUCCUGACUGCUGUUCAGGCGCUCUAUUUGCGUCAAGGUCUCACGGUGCCUAGUCAAGCCAAGCCUACAGGCAAGCACAUUCUCAUUUGGGGCGGAGCGACCGCCGUAGGACACCACGCUAUUCAGCUGUCGAAGCUGUCUGGUCUUUCCCCCAUCGUUGCGGCAUCCAAGCAGCAUCACGAUGUGUUGCGUCAACUGGGAGCAGACCUGCUCGUCGAUUACAAAGACGAGGACGUCAUUGAACAGAUUCAAAAAGCUUCGGAAGGUGCGAUUCCCUUUGCGCUCGACUGUGUUGCGGAGAAUGGAACGACGGGGCAGGUUCUGCAAGCGCUUGGAGAUCAGAACAAGGGUGCUCAUGUGGUCACCCUGUUGCCCAUUGGAGAGGAGGAUGCCAAGACGGCCGAAAAAGCAGGCAUCAAAGCCGAAUUCACGCUGCUCUACACCAUCCUCGGAGAAGCCUUGAGAUUUGCGAAAGCCAUAGACUUCCCAGCAAAGCCAGAGGACGUGGAGCGCAUCGACAAGUGGCGCACAAACGAAUGGCCUCGCCUCGCCGCCGGUUGGAGCGACGCUUCCAACGGUUCCAAGCUGUACAAGGGCGCCAAGCUGACCGAACGAGGUCAUCUAGAAGACAUCCCUGCAUCUCUGGACUACAUGAAGCAGGGCAACGUGCGCGCUGAAAAGCUUGUACACUUGAUCCCUUAGAGACCACUACGCCUCCGCGCCAUGCAAAACACUGCAGACACACAUUACGAACGGUGAAAUCUAAAUUAGCAAAAGAUUCUGCGG